GAGCUCUGCAACUGGAGGGUUGCUCUUCUGGGACCUAGGCGUCCGCUAGAGGUCUGAGGGUGGGGGGUUGGGGACGGGGUUCAGAAGGGUGCUGAGAGGCGGAAUGAUGGAGGAAGAGGAACUGGAGUUCGUGGAGGAACUGGAAGCCGUGCUGCAGCUGACGCCUGAGGUGCAGCUAGCAAUCGAGCAGGUGUUUCCAAGCCAGGAUCCUUUAGAUCGAGCAGAUUUCAAUGCUGUUGAAUAUAUCAAUACCCUGUUCCCAACGGAACAAUCUCUGGCAAAUAUAGAUGAAGUUGUGAACAAAAUUAGACUGAAAAUAAGGAGACUGGAUGACAAUAUUCGAACAGUUGUAAGAGGUCAGACAAAUGUUGGGCAGGAUGGAAGGCAAGCACUUGAAGAGGCCCAGAAAGCUAUUCAACAACUCUUCGGCAAAAUCAAAGAUAUCAAAGACAAAGCAGAAAAAUCAGAACAAAUGGUCAAAGAAAUCACCCGUGAUAUCAAGCAGUUAGAUCAUGCCAAACGCCACCUGACCACCUCAAUCACGACGCUAAACCACCUGCACAUGUUGGCAGGUGGUGUGGAUUCCCUUGAAGCCAUGACCAGGCGCAGACAGUAUGGAGAAGUUGCUAAUCUUCUUCAGGGUGUAAUGAAUGUUCUGGAACACUUCCACAAGUAUAUGGGGAUUCCACAGAUCCGGCAGCUUUCUGAAAGAGUGAAGGCUGCGCAAAUGGAGCUAGGACAGCAAAUCCUGGCAGAUUUCGAAGAGGCAUUUCCUUCCCAGGGUACCAAGAGGCCAGGAGGACCCAGUAACGUCCUGCGAGAUGCAUGUCUGGUUGCUAAUAUUUUGGACCCCAAAAUCAAGCAAGAAAUCAUUAAGAAGUUUAUUAAACAACAUCUGUCAGAGUAUCUAGUACUUUUUCAAGAAAAUCAAGAUGUUGCCUGGCUAGACAAAAUUGAUAGACGCUACGCCUGGGUCAAACGCCAGCUUGUGGACUAUGAAGAGAAAUAUGGCCGAAUGUUUCCACGGGAAUGGUAUAUGACUGAGAGGAUUGCAGUAGAAUUCUGCCAUGUGACAAGGGCAGAACUUGCCAAAAUCAUGCGUGCCAGAGCUAAGGAAAUUGAGGUGAAAUUACUUCUUUUUGCUAUUCAGAGAACGACUAACUUUGAAGGGUUUCUUGCAAAACGCUUCUCCGGCUGCACCCUGACAGAUGGAACCCUGAAAAAGCUCGAGUCUCCACCACCAUCUACCAACCCCUUCCUGGAAGAUGAGUCAGCACCAGAGAUGGAGGAGCUGGCAAUCGAGAAGGGAGAGUUAGAUCAACCAAAGAAGCCUAAAGUCCCAGACAACCCAUUUCAUGGCAUUGUUUCCAAGUGUUUUGAGCCUCAUCUGUAUGUGUAUAUUGAGUCCCAGGAUAAAAACCUUGGAGAGCUGAUUGAUAGGUUUGUGGCCGAUUUCAAAGCCCAGGGGCCACCUAAGCCCAACACUGAUGAGGGGGGCGCUGUGCUCCCCAGCUGUGCUGACCUCUUCGUCUACUACAAGAAGUGCAUGGUACAGUGCUCACAGCUCAGUACCGGGGAGCCAAUGAUUGCCCUGACAACCAUUUUCCAGAAGUACCUCCGAGAAUACGCCUGGAAAAUUCUCUCUGGCAACCUGCCCAAAACCACAACCAGCAGUGGAGGGUUGACCAUCAGCAGCCUUCUCAAGGAAAAGGAGGGCUCAGAAGUGGCCAAGUUCACUCUCGAGGAGCUCUGCCUCAUCUGCAGCAUACUAAGCACAGCAGAAUACUGUUGGGCCACCACCCAGCAGUUAGAAGAAAAACUCAAAGAAAAAGUUGAUGUAAGUCUGACUGAACGAAUCAAUCUCACGGGAGAAAUGGACACAUUCAGCACUGUCAUCUCCAGCAGUAUUCAGUUGCUGGUUCAGGAUCUAGAUGCAGCCUGCGAUCCUGCCUUGACUGCCAUGAGCAAGAUGCAGUGGCAGAAUGUGGAACAUGUUGGUGACCAGAGCCCCUAUGUCACUUCUGUCAUUCUUCACAUUAAGCAGAAUGUCCCCAUCAUCCGUGACAACCUGGCUUCCACACGGAAAUACUUCACUCAAUUCUGCAUCAAAUUUGCAAACUCCUUCAUUCCCAAAUUCAUCACCCACCUCUUCAAGUGCAAGCCAAUUAGCAUGGUGGGAGCAGAACAGCUGCUGCUGGACACCCACUCCCUGAAGAUGGUCCUGCUGGACCUCCCUUCCAUUGGCUCACAGGUGGUGAGGAAGGCACCUGCCAGUUACACUAAGAUUGUCGUGAAAGGCAUGACCCGGGCUGAGAUGAUCCUCAAGGUAGUGAUGGCCCCCCAUGAACCAUUGGUGGUGUUUGUGGACAACUACAUCAAACUCCUUACAGACUGUAACACAGAAACCUUCCAGAAGAUACUGGACAUGAAGGGGCUGAAGAGAAGUGAACAGAGCAACAUGCUGGAACUCCUGCGCCAGAGACUUCCCACCCCGCCCUCAGGGGCAGAUGGCUCCAGCUCUCUGUCCCUGAUGGCUCCUACACCAGAGCAGGAAUCAUCUCGCAUCCGCAAACUUGAGAAACUAAUUAAGAAGAGACUUUAGGAGCACACGAGGGGCACCGAACACAGUUCCUGGAAGCCCCAAGUGCCCCUGUACCCCUCCCCUACUCAGUGACUCUUAUAUCCUCAGUCAUGAGUUUUUGGGACAUUGAGGUUGCUACUGUGUCUCUCCCAUGCCCUGUCUGAACUCCUAUCCCAGUGGGAGAAGCUGACUAAGGGCUGGGUUAUAAAAAGGCAGUUUAGAUUAUCUCUCAUUGCUGCCAUGGAGGCAGCAGUGGGUGAAAGGCCCCUGUGGUUCAGUUGCUGUUUCCAGGCUGCCCUUGAAGGUCAAGUUGUCAUUGGCUCUUGGAGCCUCACCAUGGCAGCCAUACCCUCCAACACCUGGGCCCUACUCCCUGCCACAUGCCUGUCCAGCAACUUGGAUGAGGAAGCCUGGAUCUUGCUCCUUCCCCCUUCUGCCACUACUGGAGGUCACCUCUGCAGCCAGAACGCUGAGAAUGUUCCUGGAAUUGGUUGAGUGAAUGGACUGCCAGAUCACAGGGCUUAGUACUACCCUUUAUGAAGACAGUGGAAGCAUGUGCACUUUUCCUUGUAAAUCACAGUUUCCUGGUACCUUCUAUGACAUGGCCAAGUUUCCUGUGUUCUCAUUUCUUGUUACUCUCCAAAGGAGAAAGGCCCUCUGUGUCUGUCACUCUGGAGGGCUGUAUGAACCAAGCCUUGGAAGCAGACCAGGCUGGGGCUGCUGACCUGGCGAGGAGACAGUCCCAGAUCUGACAGAGGGUUCUGGGGCUUGGGGUGUGGCUCAGUGGUAGAACGCUUGCCUGGCAUGUGCAAGACCUGGGGCACCGAACCCUGUAAAAAAUAACAAGUGGGUCUUGCUUGGCACA